GGAAUUAAAAUAUUAUAGAGAGAGAGAGAAAAAAAAAAAACGUUUUAAGGACCUUUUGCUUUGUCUGGUCACCUGUUGAGGACAUUGGACGUUUUCUACCUCUCGCUCCUUCCUUGUGCGCAUCUUCAGGCUGAAGACAUUCGAGUAAUACAUCAGGUAAAAAGGAGUUAUUUUUAGACACUUCCCUGUGUAUCCAGCGCGAACACGCAGUUUGUUUCCUCUAGAUCCAAUUAGGGUUGAGGGAAAUAAAUUCUCGGUACACGAGAGCUGUAACAGCGACUCUUAUUUUUGCACACGACAGUUGGCUGCUGGAAUAUUAUUAGUGGAAUGUAACGCGCACCCACCCAGUUGCUGUUUUUUGUUUUCUUUUUUCUAGCACGGCUUGGGAGCUUUCUAACUUUUUUUUGAAGUCCAGGUGUGUUCCGAAUACCUGGAGGUUCCGUGAAGGUGGACGGGCGGAAGAAACCAUGAAUGACACAUCGCAGUUCGGUUUCGCGAUGAAGCACCUGGAGAGCAGCCCCGUCGUCGUCGUCUCGAUGGACGCCUUGGAAAACGGCACCAACAACUUCUCCACGGGGGACCAGAACGCCACGACGUGCGCUCAGAUCAUGAUCCCCCACGAGCUCUUCUUCACCCUGGGCUUGAUAAGCCUGAUCGAAAACAUUCUAGUGGUGGUGGCCAUCAUCAAGAACAGGAACUUGCACUCUCCCAUGUAUUACUUCAUCUGCUGCCUGGCCGUCUCCGACAUGCUGGUCAGCGUGAGCAACGUGGUGGAGACCAUGUUCAUGUUGCUCACGGAGCACGGGCUGCUGGUCGGGACACCGAGCAUGAUGGAGCAUCUGGACAACGUCAUUGACAUAAUGAUCUGCAGCUCGGUGGUGUCCUCCUUGUCCUUCCUGAGCACCAUCGCGGCGGACCGCUACAUCACCAUAUUUUACGCACUGCGCUACCACAGCAUCAUGACCACACAGCGCGCCGUGGCGGUGAUCGCCGUCAUCUGGAUGGCGAGCACCGUCUCCAGCACGCUCUUCAUCGCCUACCACAACGACAACGCCGUGAUCGUGUGCCUCGUCACCUUCUUCUGCAUCACGCUUAUCUUCAACGCCGUCCUCUACCUGCACAUGUUCAUCAUGGCGCACCUGCACUCGAGGCGCAUCAUAGUCUUCCAGAAGAGCCGCCGACAGGCCACCAGCAUGAAGGGCGCCAUCACCCUCACCAUCCUCCUGGGGGUCUUCAUCGUGUGCUGGGGGCCCUUCUUCCUGCACCUCAUCCUCAUCCUGACGUGCCGAAGCUGCACGUGCUUCUUCAGCUACUUCAACCUCUACCUGAUCCUCAUCAUCUGCAAUUCGCUCAUAGACCCGCUCAUUUACGCGUACCGGAGCCAGGAGCUGCGCAAGACCCUCAAGGAGCUGGUCCUCUGUUCGCUGUGCUUCGCCAUGUGACCCGGCGCACAGGAGCAGCUUUGAAACUCAACUCAGAGAUGAUGGACUUCAGGCAACAUGUGCGACUUCUUAUA